UCGACGAGAUCCUUACCUCCCCCGCCCGCGGCCUACCUCGCCGCUCGAUCCACCUUGCGACCUCGUCUCUCCCCUCCACGGCAGCAGGGCGCGCAGGCAUUGAAUACGUGAGGCGGCGGCAGCAUGGCGGCGGCGCCGGACGAUCACCUCUUCGGCCUGCGCAACAGCUUCUAUGUCGGCGCGUACAAGGCCGUCAUCGCCGGCGCCCAGGCCAUCCCCGCGCAGCACGCCCUCUCCCCCGACGACCUCGCCGAGCGCGACGCCCUCCUCUACCGCUCCUACAUCGCCAUCGGCUCUCACCAGCUGGUGAUCGACGAGAUCGGGCCGAGCGCCGCCACGCCGCUCCAGGCCGUCAGGCUGCUCGCGGUGUACCUCUCCGGUGGCGCCGGCGAUAAGGAAUCCGCGAUCGGGAAGCUGAACGAGCUCCUGGCAGACGACGCGGUGGGGAGCAACCCGAUUCUCCGGGUGGUUGCAGGGACCGUCCUCAUGCACGAGCGGGACUAUGCCGGAGCACUGAAGCACACGAGUUCUGGUGGGACUAUGGAAUUGCUUGCGAUGAAUGUUCAGAUAUGCAUCCAGAUGCACAGGCCUGAUCACGCAGAGAAACAGCUGAGGAUCAUGCAGCAGCUGGACGAGGACCACACACUGACGCAGCUCGCAAACGCAUGGGUAGACCUUGCCACGGGUGGGUCCAAGAUCCAAGAGGCACACUUAAUCUUCCAGGAUCUGUCAGAGAAGUACCCAGCAACUUGCAUGAUUCUUAACGGGAAAGCGUUGUGCUUGAUGCACAUGGGCAGCUUCCAAGAUGCAGAGGGGUUGCUUCUGGAAUCACUGAACAAGGAUGCCAAAGAUGCAGAAACUUUAGCUAACCUCAUUGUCUGCACUCUGAACCUAGGAAAGUCUGCAUCCCGCUACCUGAACCAACUGAAGCUAGCACACCCAGAACACAUACUGGUUAAACGAUUGUCCUCUGCUGAAGACAGCUUUGAAAGAGCUUGCCAAGCGAUAUCAUGAUUUCUGCAGCAUUGUAACUUACUUCUAUGCUGGAUAAACCAAAGCAGUGCAACACUGGGAUCUUGUCACGACCUAUACAAGCUAAAUUUUGCUCACUAGCGUUUUCGUGGACAGUCAACAAAAGUACUAUACAUUAAUACAUGUCAAUAAAAUUCUCUCUUUGAGGCAUUGGCAACAGAUGCGUUAGCAAUUCAACAAGCUGUUGUUAAACUAACAAUAACUUCGGAAAUAAAUGUAGACGUACAAAACAACAGGGUGUUUUUCGUACAAGAUAGCAUGUGAACUCUGAAUCCAACAUGUGACAGUGACACUUUACCAACAGA